AUGGCAGAGUCGCCCGGGCUCUUCACCCUCUGCCUUUUAGGGUGUCUCCUCGCUGCUGAAUGUGCAGUUUUUCUUGACCACGAAAAUGCCACCAAAAUUUUGAACCGGCCAAAGAGAUAUAACUCGGGUAAACUGGAAGAGUUUGUUCAAGGAAACCUGGAGAGAGAAUGCAUAGAGGAAAAGUGCAAUUUUGAAGAAGCACGAGAAGUUUUCGAAAACACUGAAAAAACGACUGAAUUUUGGAAGCAAUACGUGGAUGGAGAUCAAUGUGAGUCCAAUCCAUGUUUAAAUGGCGGCAUAUGCAAGGAUGACAUUAAUUCCUACGAAUGUUGGUGUCAAGAGGGAUUCGAAGGAAAGAACUGUGAAUUAGAUGCGACAUGCAGCAUUAAGAAUGGCAGAUGCAAGCAGUUUUGUAAAAAGGGCGCUGAUAACAAGGUGGCUUGUUCCUGCACAGCGGGGUACCAGCUCGCAGCUGACCAAAGGUCCUGUGAACCAGCAGUGCCAUUUCCAUGUGGAAGAGUUUCUGUCCCAAACAUUCCUGUGAAACUUACACGGGCUGAGAGUUUUUCUUACGACAUAGAUGACGAAAAUUCUACUGAAGCUAUAACAAUUCUGAAUAACGUCACUCAAAGCAAUCAAUCAUCUGAAGACUUGACUCGAGUUGUUGGUGGAAAAAACGCCAAACCAGGUCAAUUCCCUUGGCAGGUCCUUUUGAAUGGAAAAAUCGAUGCCUUCUGUGGCGGUUCCAUCAUUAAUGAGAAAUGGGUCGUCACAGCGGCCCACUGUAUCGAACCCGGAGUGAACAUCACGGUUGUGGCAGGUGAAUAUAAUACGGAGAAGAUGGAAAAUACGGAGCAAAGGAGAAAUGUCAUCCGAGCUAUUCCUCACCACAGCUACAACGCAAGCAUCAAUAAGUACAGCCACGACAUUGCCCUUCUGGAACUGGAUAAACCCUUAACACUAAACAGCUAUGUAACACCUAUUUGUGUUGCUAACAAGGAAUACACGAACAUCUUCCUCAAAUUUGGAUCAGGGUAUGUGAGCGGCUGGGGGAGAAUCUUCAACAGGGGCAGAUCAGCUUCGGUUCUUCAGUAUCUUAAGGUUCCACUGGUUGACCGAGCCACGUGCCUCCGGUCCACAAAGUUCACCAUCUAUAACAACAUGUUCUGUGCCGGCUACCAUGAGGGAGGUAAAGACUCGUGCCAAGGGGAUAGUGGGGGACCCCACAUUACUGAAGUGGAAGGCAUCAGUUUCUUAACCGGAAUUAUUAGCUGGGGUGAAGAGUGUGCGGUGAAAGGGAAAUAUGGAAUCUAUACCAAGGUGUCGCGCUAUGUCAACUGGAUUAAGGAAAAAACAAAGCUCACUUAA